UUUUAUAUUAUGAGAGUAUCGCUCGUUCUUCUUUUUCCAAUCAAGUGCUCGCUGGUGAAGUAGACGCCGAGCCAUGGCGGGGCGUAGUCAACCUCCGUACAGGCCAAGACCCAAUUUUUCCUCUUCUUCUUCCAGAUCCUUCCACCCUUCUCAACCUUCCCGCAACAUUCCGUUCCAACCCACCAAAAGUGUCAACCAUUCUACGCCUAAUAAUACCCAAAUUCAGAACAACGCUUCCGACAAGAAGACGAGCUCAAGCAAUUGGGACAAAGCCAUUGAUGGAGAUAUUGAUGAUAUUCAGAAUUUAGUUGGAACCUGCCCUUUCAUGUGUCCUGUUAAGGAGAGGGAAAAGCGAGAGAGGCUGCGAGACUUAGCUGUCUUCGAGAGGCUAUAUGGAAAUCCUCGUGAAUCAUCACCAAGCCUUGCUGUUAAAAAGAACAUGCUUUUUCCCUGGGAGUUCGAAGGCCCUUCCUUAUUAAUUUUGAAGGUAGAAGGCCACCUGCUUCAGCUUUCACAUUUCUGCAGGACUAUAUCCGUAAAGACUCUGCAAGAUUCUGAUGUGAGGCCUCUCUCGGUGUUGGAAGAUACUUUGAACUAUCUAUGUAACUUGCUGGACUCUACGGAGCAUCCCUUUGAGGUGGUUCAUGACUUCAUCUUUGAUAGGACGAGGUCCAUUAGACAAGAUCUAAGUAUGCAAAAUAUCUCUUGCAGUCGAGUGGUCUCUAUGUAUGAGAGAAUGGUUAAAUUCCAUAUAAUUUCCCAGCAUAAGCUUAGAAGAUGUAGCAGUUCAAAUAUUUCUUCGCUGUCAUACCUCAACAUGGAGCAGCUAACGAAGGCAUUGACGACUUUAUUUAAUCUUUAUGAAGCAAAUCGAACUACAGCAUCCAUCUUUGAAAAUGAAGCUGAAUUGUUUUCCUAUUAUGUGCUUCUCCACCUUGAGUCCAAAACCCAAGGAACAGGGGAGACAUUAUCUUUGUGGUUCCGCCGUGUUCCUUCUCACAUUAUGAAGUCGACAGAAAUGAGUUUUGCUCGGAAGAUCUUGAGAUACUUUAAAUUGGGCUUCUACAAGAAAUUUAUCGAUACAACAGCGUCCAAGGCAUCCUACUUGCAGUAUUGCAUUAUUGAACCUUCUAUCAAUGAGGUUCGAGCACUAGCUAUUUCCUGUGUUAAUUAUGGAGGAUACAAGCCUCAGCCUUUUCCCUUGGCGACUCUUUCCAAAUUCCUAAUGAUGAAGGAAUGGGAUGUGGAAUCUUUCUGUAGGGACAUUGGCCUUCAAACCUCCGACGAUGAAGAAGGAAAUAGCUGCUUGCCUACCAAGCAAACAACUCUUAUCCAUCCAAAGGGAGGGUUGCACAAGUAUUAUCCUCUGGAAUCAGAACGGUUUGAGAGGUUUUCUGUUGAACUGUAAGAGCUUUGAUGGUUGAGGAGAUGAAAAUUCGUCUGAAAGCAUUCAAUUUGCCGAGUUGAUAAAGCUAUUAAGCUGGUUGGAGAUUCAAGAUUCAGCAUAAGAACAUUGGAGCUCUAGAUCAAAUUUAUUGCUCAAUGCCAAUUAGAUGUGUUUUAAAGUUUGUAUUUUACGAAACGGAAAAAAUAAAAUUUGUAUUUUGCGUAUUUCUGGAAUCUAAUUGUAAAUAUUCCCCUUCCUGAAUCCCCAUUUCCUCUGCUUGCGGGCAUUGUAUCAUGAUUCCUGCUACUUCAUAUCCAUAGACCAUAUGGAUGGAAAAGAAGAAAAAAGAGUUUGUACCA